GAGCGCGGCGGGCGGGCGGGCCGGCGCUGCCCUGGCCGCAGUGCCCCGCGGCGGGCGGGCGGGCGGCGCGGCCGGGCGGCGGAGAAGGGCUGCAUUCAGAGCUCCGAGGGGAGGUAAUUCGCCGGGAACAAGGGGCAGGCGUUGCAAAGUAUAAAUAGUGCCACUUCAAUCGCCGCGUCGCUAUCAGACCCCGAGAGCUGGCGCGGAGAGCCGCCCCGGCCCUGCACGUCGGGCGGCGCGGCACGGCUCGGCACGGCACGGCACGGCUCGGAUAGCAGCGGCACGGCUCGGCACGGCGCGGCACUGCUCGGCUCGGCACGGCUCGGCACGGCCGGGGGCGCCGCCGCCACCCCGCCCCGUGGAUGCCCGCCCGGGGGGGCGGCACGGCGAGCCGGGGCAGCGCGCCCCUGAGCCGCGGCCAUGGAGGAGCUGACGGCGUUCGUCUCCAAGUCGUUUGACCCCAAGGCGAAGGAGAAGAAGGAGCUCAUCACCUACCGCGAGGUGCUGGAGAGCGGCCCCCUGCGCGGCGCCGCCGGCCCCCGGGAGCCCGGCGGCCCCGCGGCGGAGCCGGGCCGCGACGAGGCGGGCAGCCCCGCGGGGCGGGCGGGCGGCGGGCGGACCCCGCCGCGGGACCCCGACGCCGCCACCGCCGCCGCCGAGAGAGCCGCCGAGGCGGCCACCCCCAAGCUCAGCGACGUCUCCCCAGAGCUGAAGGAGCGCAAGGAGGAUGCGAAAGCGAUGGAAGACGAAGGGCAGACGAAAAUCAAGCAGCGGCGGAGCCGGACCAAUUUCACCCUGGAGCAGCUGAACGAGCUGGAAAGGCUUUUCGACGAGACCCACUACCCGGACGCCUUCAUGCGGGAGGAGCUGAGCCAGCGGCUGGGGCUGUCCGAGGCCAGGGUGCAGGUCUGGUUCCAGAACAGGCGAGCCAAAUGCCGAAAGCAAGAAAACCAGCUCCACAAAGGGGUGCUGAUCGGCGCCGCCAGCCAGUUCGAAGCCUGCCGGGUGGCCCCGUACGUGAACGUGGGAGCGCUAAGGAUGCCCUUCCAGCAGGUUCAGGCGCAGCUGCAGCUGGACAGCGCCGUGGCCCACGCCCACCACCACCUCCACCCGCACCUGGCCCACGCGCCCUACAUGAUGUUCCCCGCGCCCCCCUUCGGGCUGCCGCUGGCCACGCUGGCCGAGUCCGCCUCCGCCGCCUCCGUGGUGGCCGCCGCCGCCGCCGCCAAGACCACCAGCAAGAACUCGAGCAUCGCCGACCUCCGGCUGAAGGCCAAGAAGCACGCCGCGGCCCUGGGGCUGUGACCGGGGGGGCAGCGGCCGCUCCUCCGGAGGGGAGCAGAGCUCGAAGCCAAACGGCGAGGAGAAGGGGGAGAGGAGAGACUGACGGGAGAUAUAAUACUUAUUUAAAGAAUUAGACGAACUAGACGCGCAGCUGGGAAGUUCACAGGUUUUGAAACUGACCCUUUUUCUGCGAAGUUCACUUUAAUACGAGAAAUUUGAUAAGAGAGGCGGGCCUCCUUUCACGUUGCAUCAGAUACUUGAGUUUAACAACCACGUCGGGAAUAGCGACAAAAAGAAGAGAGAACGACGACGAAGAAGAAAGAAAGAAAAAAAAAAAAAAGAAAGAAAGAAAACGGAAGAGAGACAGAGACAAUGAUUUCUCUGCGAAUUUUUAAUGGGAAACUGUCCGGGAUACUUCCUCCAGCAGCAUUCCGGGUUGCAUGUAUUUGUAUUUCAUUGAUGGAGUCCUUUGAUUCACUUGCACUUCACCCUCAUCUUUAGUAGAAAAACAAAACAAACAAACGUGGCUGGGUUCUUUCGCUUUUAAUCUUGGAGGGAAGCAGAAAGAGAGGGAGAUCAAGCACUGCCUUUCCCACUCUUAAAUCUUUGCUGGUCGUUCGCUGUCCCACCUCCGAAAUGAAAGGGAGCGGAAAGCGUCAGGAGCGCGGCGUGUGCCUCCCUCGCUGGGUCCCUCUUGUCCUGAGGGCAAAAAGAAAAAAAAAAAAAAAAAGAAAAGAAAAAAAAAAGAAAGAAAAGAAAAGGAAAGAAAGUAUUUAAUGCCCAGCCGCCACUUCACACAACGGCCAAUUCCAAUAAGAGGUACUGGGUACAUGUAAAAUAUGUUGAUACACACGAACAAAGUUUAUUUUGGCUAUAACUUGUGAAUUGAUAGUUGACUGUCAAACAUUUACAUUUUAUCUCAUAAAGGUGUAUCUAUUCACGUAAUCUUGUGAUUUAUUUUAUGAUUUUUGGUUGAUUUGGAAGACGUAUAGCUAUUUAACCUGGGGUACCUCGAGGGGUGGCUGCUCCCCCCGGCCCCUCCUGCUCCUUGCCGGGAACGAGGGAAAGCUCUUCUGCGCGAACUUUGGUAUGGACGGGCUUUGUAUCUAUUUGUUCUCCAUGAAAACGAAAUUAUUUAUAUUGACCAUAUUUUUUCUAGUGUAUUUUAAGUUAUUUAAAAAAGGAAAAAAAAAAAAAAGAUGCUGUUAUUUCAUUACAUUUGUUGUCAGUACAAUAUAUUUUGUUUCGCUCAGGUUUGCUUCACCUUUUGUCAAUCCGUUUCCGACGUCGCAAAUUUCGAUAAGUGCCAAGCAAUGAAUUUUAGACACUUUGCGGUCUUUUUGGGGCCGAGGGGGGCGAGGUGCCGCUGCUCCGGCCCCCCGGAGCCCCCCGGAGCCCUGCCGCCCCCCGCCGCGGUUUCGGUAGAAAGCAGGCCGGUGGAAGCGACUUCGCAAUUGUGUCUUUUGCAAGUUCUGUCAAGUUCCCUCAGGUAAUAAAAUCGAGGAAAGUGCA